GGACGCGCGAGAACAACCAAGUUAUUUAUACCAACGGUUGUCGUUUUCACGUGAAACUUUGCUCUUUCUUAAACACACACAGUACUCACACAAGUAUGAAGCUUUCCCUUUCCAAUACAAUUCUAUAGCCUCCAAUCACAGUCACAGGAGCUCCAUCAAAAUUCCAUUUUCUUCUUCUUCUCUGUGGAAGAUCGAAUUUGUGAACCAUCUGUUCAGAUGGGGCGGAAGAAGAAGAACAAGCGGUUCCUGGUGUUCAAAGAAGUCGAUAAGAAAGCAAUCAAUGAUUUGGUUCAAGGUUUACAAGGGGGGUUUUGUUUAUGAUGCAGUAAGUGAGAUAUAUUUUUCUGUUGAUAAUGGAAAUCACAAUAUUGUAUUAUUUUCUACCUUGAAUUGCAUCAUGGAGGCACAUGGCAAGAAAAGGAAGGGACUGGAUAUUUUAGUGUUAAGUCACAAUUCUCUGAAAUCAUUAUCAACCAUUUGGUCUCAUUCGUCAUUGGAAAAUAGCUCAAGGCACAAAAAGAAGUGUAAGGAAGAUGAAGUUAAAGCAGUUGGUUCCUGUAAGAGUGUAUUUAAAGGAAUUGUAACUGCCCCACCUUGUGGGAGCACCUGUCCGAACUCAUCUGGGAGAGGUCUUAAGAGAAAAAUUGGGUGUAUCGAUGCUGCAACUCAAAUGGGUAGGAAGAAGAAGAUUGAGCAAGAUUAUGAUUUGGUUGUGACAAUUGGGCAAGGGAGGUUUGGGUCAGUAAUGUUGUGUCGGAGUAGAGUGAGUGGAGAAGAGUUUGCAUGCAAGAUAUUGCGCAAGGGGGGAGAACUUGCAUAUCAAGAGGUGGAGAUAAUGCAGCAUCUCUCUGGUUAUCCUGGUGUUGUAACGAUAAAGGCAGUGUAUGAAGAUAUGGAAUCAUUUUAUCUUGUGAUGGAAUUCUGUUCGGGUGGAUGGCUGCUUGACCAUAUGGCUAGGGAAGGGGAGUAUUCAGAGCAUCGAGCUGCUAAUGUACUCAAGGAACUCAUUUUGGUUAUCAAGUAUUGCCAUGAAAUGGGUGUUGUCCACCGUGACAUAAAGCCUGAAAACAUCCUUCUUACAAGUUCAGGGCAGAUGAAGCUUGCAGACUUUGGCUUAGCCAUGAGGGUGUCUAAUGGUCAGAGCCUGGCAGGUGUGGUUGGAAGUCCUGCUUAUGUUGCCCCUGAAGUUUUGGUUGGUCAGUAUUCAGAAAAGGUUGAUAUCUGGAGUGCUGGUGUCCUCCUCCAUGCUCUUUUGGUUGGAGUGCUUCCAUUUCAGGGUGAUUCUGUGGAGGCAAUAUUUGAGGCUAUAAAAAAGGUGAAACUUGACUUCAAGAGUGGAGUAUGGGAAUCAGUCUCUCAACCUGCCCGGAAUCUGAUUGCCCAUAUGCUUACCAGGGAUGUUUCAGCAAGGCUAACUGCUGACGAAAUACUAAGACAUCCAUGGAUCUCGUUGUAUACAGAACAAACACCGCAGACUUUAACAUUGAUGACAAAAACUAGAAACCGUGUAAAACUGUAUUCUCGAAAACUGACUACCAUAACUGGGGUGGAGUCACAGAUGAAUAAGCUAAUGGCCAGUAGCUUUCUCUGUGAUUACUCUAGCCUAAAUUUAUCAUCUGAUAGACUAACUGGGAGGUCAGAAGAGCAGGACUGUGGAUUGGUUGAUGCUCUUGCAGUGGCAAUUUCACAUGUGAGGAUAUCUGAACCAAAGAGAAGUACGCUUUGCAGCCCCAACAGUCCAAUCCAACAACAAUAUUCAUCUAACAUGAAGGUUAAUAACCUCUGUACAGCGUUUUGAGUUGUCAGUGUAACCUGCUGAUAAAGCCACCAA